AUGGAGAUGUCCGGUUCCUGUUUCUCCAACAGUGACCCUAUGGACUCCGACAAUGACUACACCAUCGUGGAGAGCAAGCGACUGAAGAGGAAAUACCGCAGGACAACCAAAGAUGUGACAGCCUACAGAGCCAUGACUUCCGUGAGCAGCAAGUCGUUCCUUCUCGCCGUCGCGGUGCUUGUCGUAUUGUGUAGCAUCGCAGCUGCCCAGUUCGGCUACGGAGGUGGCUUCGGACGAGGCUUCGGCGGAGGCUACAGUCGUGGAUUUGGAGGCUACGGCGGCUACGGACGAGGCUUUGGAGGAGGAUACAGCCGCGGCUUUGGAGGCUAUGGCGGAUUCGGUCGUGGAUUCUACGGCUAA